AUGUUUGUUUGGGCCAAAAUAAAGGGUACACCAGUUAUGUGGCCUGGAAAGAUUAUGCACAAGGGCCAGAUUGCCGCCGGUGUAUAUAUAAACUUUGAUGAUUCUGUGUUCACUGUAAAACUGUCAGAAAUUGUACCUUUCAAUGAAAAUAUGUCGAAAUUACGGCAAGCAGCAAUUGACAUGUUACUUAAGAAGGGAAAAUUAAAUUCAUUACAAUGCUUUAUGGAUGAUGUACAAUGGGCUUUAGAUGAAGGCCUCAAAAAUAAACACGCCACUGACGCAGAAGUCACUGAUAAUAGUGAAGUACUGAUAACUACAGAUGUCACUGAUAAUGGUGCACUGAAAACUAAAGAUGUAUCUAAUAAUCGCGACGUACCUACAAAUACAGAUGUCAGUAAUAACAUUGGGGUACUAAAAACUACAAAUGCCACUGAUAAUGGUGUACUGAAAACUAUAGAUGAGACCGACAUUGGUGUACUGAAAACUGCAGAUGUCACUAAUAAUUGCGAGGUAUUCAUAAAUACCGAUUUCACUGAUAAUGGUCAAUUACUGACAACUAAAGAUGUCACUGAUAAUGUUAAAGUACCGAGAAAUGCAGACGUCACUGAUAAUGGUGCACUGAAAACUAAUAAUGGUAAAGUACUGAUAAAUACAGAUGUCACUGAUAAUGGUGAAUUAAUGAUAACUACAAAUAUUACUGAUAAUGAACCGUUACUGGAAACUAUAUAUGUCACUGAUAAUGGUGUAUUGAAAACUACAGAUGUCCCUAAUAAUGGUAAAGUACUUAUAAGUACAGAUGUCACUGGUAAUGGCGAGGUACUGAUAAAUACAGAUGUCAAUGAUAAUGGUCAAUUACUGAAAACUACAAAUAUUACUGAUAAUGAACCGUUACUGGAAACUAUAUAUGUCACUGAUAAUGGUGCACUGAAAACUAAAGAUGUCCCUAAUAAUGGUAAAGUACUGAUAAAUACAGAUGUCAAUGAUAAUGGUCAAUUACUGAAAACUAUAUACGUCGCUGAUAAUGGUGAAUUGAAAACUACAGAUGUCAAUGAUAAUGGUCAAUUACUGAAAACUAUAUAUGUCGCUGAUAAUGAUGAAUUGAAAACCACAGAUAACAAUGAUAAUGGUCAAUUACUGAAAACUAUAUAUGUCGCUGAUAAUGGUGUAUUGAAAACUUCAGAUGUCGCUGAUAAUUCUGCACUGAAAACUACAGAUGUCACUGAUAAUUCUGCACUGUACAGAAAAAUACAGAUGUUAUUGAUAAUGGUCAAUUACUGA